CGGUGGGUCUCUCUUCCUUCGUUCUACCGGUAUCGAUGACGCAGACCCCCAGUAUGCGUUUGCUGGAGAACAACAACUUGGUUGAAGUUGCCAUGGCCCAGCAGCAACAGCAGCAGCAGUCCCAGCAGUCGACGCAGAAGCAGAAACAAACGAGUCCCACAAAUAACAACACUAUAGAAGCCUGGAGAUCGAUUCAAGGCGGGCAUCAGUGGUGGAGUCCGCCCAGCAGUAUUCAGCAAGAACAGCAGCAGCAGCAACAACAGCAGCAACAACAAGUAUCGUCGAUCGCGCAGGUUUCUCAACCGCAAAGUCUGGUGGCCGGAUCGGUAUGUGGCCAGGUGCAGAAGCAUCAGCCGCAAGUGCAAUCGGAAAUCGAUCAGCCGCUCGACUUUUCUGUUGGCUCGCUGCAGCAACAGAGGCUGCAUCCGCGCGUGAGGACUAUGCACGAGAGACUUCUUCGGGAGACGAGAGAGGGUAGGAUGCAUGAUAACAACAACGGGACGAGCGGCCAAAAGAUCAUCAGGGGAGACGUCAGCAGGCGAAGCUAUAGCCCCAGUGAAGCUAGUACCAGCAGCAGCGAAGACGAGGGUGUCUCUACUGGCGGCAGUCCUACGGGACCUCUUCGGGGCGCCUCGGAUUCGUGCGAACCCGUUGCGGAGCGACCUUACGGUAAAGUCUGGAUAGGCGACAAUGAUGUCUCGUGGCGAACGGACCAGUCUUUCAAGAGGACAUCACCCUUAAAUCCCUGUGCCACAACGACUACCACGACGACGACAAGCGGUGGACCGACACAUCCCCACCUGUCGCCACCCGUAACUGCCCCUGUCACCACCCCCGAUCAUAGAAGCCCCAGUAGUAUGCACGCGAAGCUUGGCAUCUCACCCGGUAGCGACGCGCUCGGCCGAAUCGAUAAGGAGCCAGCCUCGCCAGAAUCCAUACAAGACGCAGAUUUGCACGGCGACGUUGAUGGUCCUGAACUUAGCGGAGAUGACAGGAGUAUUGCAAGUGACAUCCAAGAUGCCACCGAAGCACAUCUUGAUAAUGACUCCAUGGACUCGGACAGGGAAGCUCUUAAUCUGGUCACGGAUGUCUCGCAACGCAACAGCAGCAGCGGUACCAGCGGCAGCGCGUCCUCGCCGAGUUCCGGAAUCAGCAGCCAGCUCACGGGCAGUCACCAGCAGCAACACACGUCCGGCCAACAAAAUAAUAGCAACUCGCAGGCCGCGCUGGCGACUCAAUUGCUCGGCCAGCAAUUGCUGAUGCACGGUGCAUUAGGGACCCAGGAUAUCCAAGCGAUCGCCUCGACGCUGCAGCAACAUCAACUGCAAUCACUGCAACAGCAGCUACAGCAAUUCGCCAUGUUUCAGGCCACUCCGGCGGCGGGACAGAUUCCUUCGUUCUUCUUACAAAAUCAGGGGCUGUUGCAGAGCGGUGGCUACCCGACAAGACCGAGUCAUCCGCGCUCACAGUCCAUGCAGGUGCAAGCGGCAGCGCAGUUACUACAGAAACAGCAGGCUCUUCAGAGUAGCGGUAAUUUAGUGGGGCGAAGUUUGGCGCAGAGAUCAUCACCACCACCUAGCACACCACCGGCAGUAAAACCGACAAGAUUAGAACCUUCGCCGGAGGAAACAACGGACCUCGAAGAGCUAGAACAAUUCGCCAAAACGUUCAAACAAAGACGGAUCAAGCUUGGUUUUACUCAAGGAGACGUCGGACUCGCCAUGGGCAAACUUUAUGGCAACGAUUUUUCACAAACUACGAUUUCUAGGUUCGAGGCACUGAAUCUUUCCUUCAAAAACAUGUGCAAACUGAAACCACUGUUACAAAAGUGGCUGGAGGAUGCCGAUAAUUCAAUGAACAAUCCUAACUCUCUAUCGAAUCCACUUACGACACCGGAAGCGAUUGGCAGGCGGCGGAAGAAGAGAACGUCAAUAGAGACCAGCGUGAGAGUAGCCCUUGAAAAAGCUUUUAUCCAAAACCCAAAGCCCACGUCCGAGGAGAUAACUAUACUGGCAGACAGCCUCUCGAUGGAGAAAGAAGUAGUUCGUGUGUGGUUUUGUAACAGGCGGCAGAAAGAAAAGAGGAUCAAUCCGCCAACGGCUGCGAUAGGCAGCCCAACGAUGACGUCGUCUGCACCUUCGGUGUUCGCAUCCCUCGCUAAUUCCAUUUCUGGCAGUCCUCUAGCACUCACGACACAUUCUUCCAACGCGGGCCACUCGCAUCCUCAUGCAGCACCUAUACCUCUCGCUUUAGUAACUUCGUCAGGCGGCAAUUAUCAUCCUUUGAACAACAAGUCCCACGAGUGACACCAGCAAGUGACCCAUCAAGGGGACACUCUCUAUCAUCAACAUCAUCAGCAAUCGCACCAACAACAGCAGCACCAUCAUCAGCAACAAGCACGACGCUUGUGCAAUCUACCGGAAUUCUAUCAUUAGCUGAUGAUAUGAUUUCUUGACGCUAUCAAUCGAGGUAACGUUCAGAGUAUUGGAUCUCGAUGAUCCAUAAAUGAACCUUCAUAUUCUUUAUUUAUCUGCGUUGAGUUAAUUUAUCCAUUCUUGACUUCCCCUUCAAUUCCAGUUAAUAUUUUAAUGUUUUGACUGUGAAAAGAAAAUCAAGAAUAAAUAAGUUAACGCGGUAUCUAACAACCAGCAUCUUUGAUGACGGUAUCAAAUGAAAUUUGAUAGUAACGCAUAAGAAAUGAGGAACUCAUAAAGAAAUCACAAAGAAAAUCCAAAAGUAAUCAAUUUUAUAGAUAACUAAUUGAAGAGUGAUUGAACGAGAGAGUGUAGAUGAAAUUGUAUAUUAUGAAUGGGACAAAUCUAAAUCCGUGUUGAUCAUUAAAUCAUCCGCAGUUGUUAUAUACAUUUAAAGGGUAUACGAAGACACGCUGCGUAUUUCUAACUAUGAAUAUUAAUGUGCACUUUUAAGUAUACGGACAACUAAUAACUAAUUCGGUUGAAUCCAUUAGUGUGCGCUAGUGCACAUUGAAGACUGUUGUAUAAAAAUUGAUAUAAAGAUGUAAACAUAAACGGUUGAAACCUACAAACUGUUCCGCAUAAGUUAUUGCAUACUUUUAAUAUGCCAUACGAUGCACAAUUCAUUAUUCGAAUGCGUAUGUGUUUAUUAUGUUCAUGCACUGAAAUAAAUAAUAUAUAACUUUUAAUUUGUCGUAAUGUAAAUUAAUAUAUCCAACCGCGCACAAAUUUGUUGUAGGACCUUUUUUAUCAGUACAUGAAACAAUUGUGAGAGAUUAUUAUUGUUAGGAUAAUUUUUUUUAACGAAAUAGAUUUAAUUCUUUGUAAUUUUCUAUGAUUCAGAAAGCGUAUAAAAUGAAACACGUUGAAAUAUAUCGUUUCUCUUUCUUAUUUGAAAACUACUCAAUGAUGAACAAAAAUUGAAUUUAUUUGUAUCCGACUUCAAUGCUUGUAGAUCAUAUACAUAUUGUCAAUAAUAGGAAAACUUUGAUGAUUUUUAAUUGCAAUAAUCGGUGUUCAUAAAAAUACGUCAAACUAUAUUCUUCACGUAUUUAUAUGCGUAUCCUUUCUUAUAAAUACAGAAUAUUUUAUACAAUUACAUUUACAGGAUUAUUUGCGAUAUAUUUCAAUUAUGCUUCAAAAAGUGAUAAUCAACGACUUUUAAUUAUCGGCUGCCUAAUUUGCAAAGAUUAGUCAUUCACCAGAAAAUCCUUAUUCAUUAUAUUUGAAAGUUUUAAUCAAUUUGAUUGCAGCAUUACGACGAAGGAGUUAUCGAUUACUAUAACUCUAAUAAAAGCUAUCUAUAGAUGAUAUGUAGUUUUUCAAAAACGACCUACAUUGGCUAAUGUUUUUAUUUAAAAAACAAACGACGUUUCGGUCCCGGAUUUGGACUCUUCAAUUAAUCUGCACACGUACAUAACAUUAAAUAUUUCUUUAAAAAUAUAACGUAAAUAAUUACAGUGAAAGUAAAUUGCAAAUCUAUACCUUUUCACACAAUUGUUAUUGAUCUCAUAUCGUUCGUUUGGCCAAUAUCGUUAUGUUAAUAAGCUGUGUACAAGCAAGAGAGUCAUUACACUUUACGUUGUUACGAAUUAAUAAAUGUCAAGAGUGAAUUAAGAUACAUAAGAAUAAAUAGGAAUAAAUAUGAAA